UCUGCUGCAGACGAGUCUUUCAUUUUCCAACUCAUCAACUGUUCCACGUCGACUUGUGAUUUCUCUUUCAUUUAUUUCUUUGUGCAGUUUGCGACACACCAGUGCCACUUGUCCUUCCCCACGAGAGGACUUGCUCUCUCUCUCUCUCUCUCUCUUUUGCCUCGCUCUUCUCGGGACUAACUCACACUACCAUGGGGAGGUUGGAUGAGUUCCGGCAGUUCAACUUGCUCAAAUGGCUCAGGGAGGAGAGGCAGUCGAGGAAACUGAUCCUCUUCAUUGUUUUCGUCGCCCUGCUGCUGGACAACAUGCUGCUCACUGUCGUCGUUCCCAUCAUCCCCAGCUACCUGUACAAUCUGGACGAGACGGCGGACGCCGUGUUGGCGAACAGCACCGCGUCACAGCAGGAUCCUCCGGGGGCCUUCCACAGCAUUGUGUCCUUGUACGACAACACCGUGAGGCUGUCGGGCGCCAACGCCACCGCCGGGCCUGCCGGCCUGGCCCCCACGACCACCGCCGCCAGCGCGCUGCCAAAGAACUCCUCCUCCUCCUCCGACUGCCCCCAGGCCAACAGCAGGCUGCUCAAUGAGAAUGUCAAAGUGGGAAUGCUGUUCGCGUCCAAGGCCACGGUGCAGCUCAUCACCAACCCCUUUAUAGGACCACUCACCAACAGAAUUGGAUACCAACUUCCAAUAUUCGUGGGCUUCUGCAUCAUGUUCCUCUCCACCAUCAUGUUUGCCUUCUCAUCGAGCUACGCUCUGCUGUUUCUGGCCAGAUCGCUUCAAGGUGUGGGCUCCUCCUGCUCGUCUGUGGCAGGGAUGGGAAUGCUUGCGAGCGUGUACACAAACGACGAGGAGAGAGGUCAUGCCAUCGGGAUCGCCCUGGGAGGCCUGGCACUGGGAGUGUUGGUUGGACCCCCGUUCGGCAGUGUGAUGUACGAGUUUGUGGGGAAGACGGCUCCUUUCCUCAUUCUGGCUUUCCUGGCUGUGUUCGAUGGAGCGCUGCAGCUCUUCGUCCUCCAGCCCGCCAAGGUGGAACCGGAGAGUCAGAAGGGGACCCCUCUGUUGACGCUGAUGAAGGAUCCUUACAUUCUGAUCGCGGCUGGUUCCAUUUGUUUUGGAAAUAUGGCCAUAGCCAUGAUGGAGCCGACGCUGCCGAUCUGGAUGAUGGAGACCAUGUGCGCCAGGAAGUGGCAGCUCGGCGUCGCCUUCUUACCAGCGUCCAUCUCCUAUCUUAUUGGAACCAACAUCUUCGGCACAUUGGCGCACAAGAUGGGGAGAUGGCUCUGUGCUCUUAUUGGAAUGGUGGUGGUUGGAAUCAGCGUGAUAUGUGUUCCAUUUGCCAAAGACAUCUAUGGUCUUAUUAUUCCGAACUUCGGUGUCGGCUUCGCCAUCGGCAUGGUGGACUCCUCUAUGAUGCCUAUAAUGGGUUACCUGGUCGACCUGCGGCACGUGUCCGUUUACGGGAGUGUGUACGCCAUUGCUGACGUGGCUUUCUGCAUGGGAUUUGCUUUAGGUCCGUCUAUUGGAGGAUCCGUAGCCGAGAGCAUCGGCUUCCCCUGGCUGAUGACCAUCAUUGGGGUCGUGGAUAUUUUCUUUGCUCCACUUUGCCUCUUUCUCAGGAAUCCUCCGGGACAAGAAGAGAAAAUUGCCAUUCUGUCGGACACCAACUGCUCAAUGAAGACGAUGUCCUACUCCACACAGGGGACGCACUAUCAGGGCGAAAACAUGGAGCCCGAAUACGACGAUUACGAUUAACGGCCACGCCGGCGAUUGCAGCUGUGUAGCAAAAUGUGGAGACAGAUGGAUUUUCAGCACCAUUACCUUUGGGUGCGUUUUGGACCACUGUCGGUGUUAGGAACGCUGCUCCCAUUAUCGACAUGACAGGCCGUGGUGGCGAAACUGAGCGGCAACAUGUACUGUAACCAUGAAGACGUCAAACAGCGAGAGGACUGUGCAUUGUGCUCAGUUUUGGUAACAGGAAAAAUACUGACAUCGAUUGUCUGAGCCGGGUGGUGGGAGACGGCAGAAUGAGUUGCCACGAAGGGGAAAUGUGGGAGCAGACACACUGUAAUCAGCCUGUCCAUCUCAACACUGGGCUUCAAUUACUUUGCGGAUGAUCACACAAUACCUUCCCUCCGUUCCCUCUUCACCACAAACCCAGACAACAGUGGUUCUUACAGCAAUGUUGGUACGGAGACAUUUUUUUUUUUUGUGAAGGGACACCAAGAUAGGAAAAAAUGAUGUUCUUCUGAUGCAAUGGACUCAGAUGAGUAGGGAGAAAAGACAUUUUCCAAGGCCCAACAGUCCCUUUACAUUCAAUCCGUCCCCUAAAGAUGCCUGAUUGUUUUCAUCAAUGAAACAAAAAUUUAAAAAAAUAUAGGCUAUCUUGCAAUGUUAUAGUAAAUUAUUAUUAUUUAAAAAGAAAUCCAGGAUCCACCCCUUUGUCCAGAACUGUGCCCACCUUGUCCCAUCAUUCCACCAAGAUUUUUUAGCGAAAAUCUGUUCAGUAGUUUGUCAUCAGUGGCAGAAUGAUGAUGGGUUUAGCCAGACCACACGCUUAAAGGGGCAGUAAGCUAUUUUAAUUUUAAUCUAAUAGACUUUUUUUUGUAAUUCAGCAAAUAUGUCCUCAUGGUCCACUACCUGUUGGUUCUGUGUGCGCCAAAAAAAAAAUUUAAAAAAAAUCGGGCUCUGUAAAUUCAAAACAAACAGAAAAUUUGGUGCGGACCGCACCACACAACACCGAGUGCAGUUUGUAAACAUCACUCCCCGACACGUUGAGAGACGAAACGCUACGACGCAGGGGUUUCGGCCUCGUGGUUAGCGCGUCCAUCUCGGGUUCGAGCCACGACCUGUGCAGUCAAAAUAAAUCAACAACAAGCAAUCUUUCUCCAAAAUCGCUCACAGUGAGCAAAAGUUUCUGCAAGAAAUUUUGUGCGUGCGCGUUUUUGAACUCUCUUGAAAAAAGGCUAGUAAGUGAACCUUGACUUAUGAUUUUUGUUCUUGAUGUUGUCGUGUUGACAGAUGUUUGCAGAGUGCAGAACAUCACUUCUUUGUCCCAAUUACACGAUCAGACAAAUCGUUAUCCAUAAUGGUAACUCCAUAACUUGGUGACUGGUUGACAUUUAUUAAAAUUGUGAUGGCGCGAUCGGCUGAUUUCAGUUGAAAACAUAGGCUUUUGGCAUUUGUCCGUUUGAACAAACCUUUAUCUUGGAUUU